AUGCUGUUUGACCAUCCAUUAUUCUCAAAACUCCAGGUGUUCAAUGUCGUCUUGGGACUGCUGUCCCCACGCAGAAAGGAUAUUUUAUCCACAAAUGUGGGAAUCCAAAACUUCUCUGUCGUGAAGUCAACAUUUGAGGAGGACAUAUCGAAGGACGGCUUGAGCGAUUUAGAAUACGUUACACAGACUGCAGAGGCUAAGAUUCCAAGCAUCUUAGAGCAGCUCAAUAAUGAAAAGAACGUGGUUAUCGUUGCAGAUACAAUUGUGUCCUGUCAGGGCAAGGUUUAUGAGAAGCCAGGAACUCCGGAGAGACAGAUGGAAAUGCUCAGGAUUUUUCGUGAAGCCAAGCAUGUAAAAGUGAUCACUUCUGUCCACGUUGUUGUAACAGGCGGAAAAGAACCUAAAAGGGUAUCUGGUCAUGAGGUCACUGAUCUACAGUUCAAUGGCGACCUUUCAGAUGAGGAGCUACAACAUUAUGUGAACUGUAAGGAGGGCUUGGCGGUCGCUGGAGGAUUCCAGUACCAGAGCAUUGGCAAUCUUCUAUUUACGGGUCUUCAAGGUGACUAUUUUAACGUGGUUGGGCUUCCUGCGGCGAAAACAUUCUCUUUGCUUUGCAAGGCAGUCUGA